AUGUCCUUCAAUUACUUUGAAACUUUAUCAAAAGAAGCAGCGGGAAGGUAUCAGCGAAAAAUAAAUCUUCUAGGGUUAAGUAAAUGUCCAUACAAGUUUACAGCAGAUUCUUGGAGUGAAGAUCCAAGUCAGUGGCCUUCUUUAAGCUAUCACAAUCUUUAUCACUACUUGAUUAAAACUCCACGUAUCUAUUCUCCAGAAGCAAUGGAAAACUAUAAGGCAUUAGAGGCUUGGAAAUUCUUUCAAGAUGGGUGGGUCCAAACUAUUGUCCAUAUGAAAGUAUGUCAGAAUGUUACUAUCUUGAAAUGUAAGGUUCGACCUUCAUAUAGGACCACAUCUCCUAACCAUAAACCUUGGGUUGCUCUCAACUCUCUUGGUAAUGUUUUAACUGCUCACUGUGACUGUAUGGCUGGUCUUGGUGAAACGUGCUCACAUGUUGCUGCAAUGCUAUAUAAAAUUGAAGCUGCUGUUCGUAUUGGAAUGACAUCAAGCACAUCAACUGACUUGCCUUGUCAAUGGAACCAAACAUUUACGAAAAGUAUUAUUGGCUCCCCAGUUGCUCAAAUCAACUUAUAUUCUGAUGCUGCAAAAGAAAAACUUUCUAAAAAGAGUAAAAGAAAAAUGCCUAUUUCUCCAACACCUCAAGAAAAAAAUGAUUUUUUAUCAGAAAUACAAACUGUGCAGCCCAAAACUGCUGCUCUUCAUUUGUUUAAAGAUUAUGAUAAGUAG